GCCAGCGAGGACCCUGCCAGCAGGCCUGGGGGCGGGGCCUGAGCUCAUCUUUCCUGUUGCGGGUCCUCUGGGUGCUCAGCAGUCUUCCUUGCGGUCCUCGGUAUCCUCUGCUGUUUAGCUGCGGUCCGCUUUUUACCCUCCGGAGCCCUCCAGCUUCCAGCAUGCCGGGCCCGACCCCCAGCGGCACUAACGUGGGCUCCUCAGGGCGAUCGCCCAGCAAAGCGGUGGCCGCCCGGGCCGCGGGAUCGACUGUCCGGCAGAGGAAGAAUGCCAGCUGUGGGACAAGGAGCGCAGGCCGCACGACCUCGGCGGGGACCGGAGGGAUGUGGCGGUUCUACACAGAGGAUUCCCCGGGACUCAAAGUUGGCCCCGUUCCAGUUUUGGUUAUGAGUCUCCUGUUCAUCGCUUCUGUAUUUAUGUUGCACAUUUGGGGCAAGUACACGCGUUCGUAGAUUCGGCUGCAUCCAUCUGUCAUCUGAAGAAGAAGGAAAAAAAAAAUACACCCAGCAUAUCUUGGACCAAAAGUGAAGUGGUUUUUCUGUUCACGAGAAAGAAAUUUUCUGUAAGCGUAUUGUUUUACAGGGAACAUAACACGAAUUGAUUGAGGAAUCAGAUUUUUUUUCUAUGUCGAAUAAACUUUUUAAUUGAUCUA